GACGGACGCCAUCAAAACAACAGCCAUUAUUACUCAAGUCAACAUAAUAGAGAGUACAAGGCAAACAACGCCAAAAAGACUUAAUCGUCUUACCAAACAAGAGUGUUGUGCCUUCAGGAGACGCCACACGUCACAAGGUAACUUUGUCACUCAUCAGGGGGCGAUAACCUUCACGGGAACUAUAAAUCAGAAAGAAGAUGGCGAAGCCCCACCAGUGCCCAGAGUGUGGGAAAAAAUUCACUCUUCUUGGAAAUAUGAAGACUCACAUGUUGUUGCAUACAGGUGAUAAACCUCAUGAAUGUUCUGAGUGUGGAAAGAAAUUUAGUCAACUUGGACAUGUAAAGAGACAUAUGACGAUUCAUACAGGUAAUAAAUUGUACGAGUGUACAGAGUGCGGGAAAAGAUUCAGUCAACUUGGAAAUCUGAUGACUCACAAGAUGGUGCAUACUGGUGAUAAACCUCACCAGUGUCCAGAGUGUGGGAGAAGCUUCAGCCGUCUUGGAUCUAUGAAGAGUCAUAUGUUGGUGCACACAGGUGAUAAACCUCAUUUAUGUAACGAGUGUGGGAAAAGCUUCAGUCGUCUUGAUAAUUUGAAGACUCACAUGUUAGUUCAUAAAGGUAUUAAACCUGAAGAGUGUCCAGAGUGUGGGAAGAGAUUUACCCAUCUUGGAAAUUUGAAGACACACAUGUCAGUGCAUACAGGUGAUAAACCUCAUGAAUGUCGGGAGUGCGGGAAAAGCUUCAGCCGUCUAGGAUCUUUGAAGACUCACAUGUUGUUGCAUACUGGUGAUAAACCUCAUGAAUGUCCAGUAUGUGAAAAAAGCUUUAGUCGUCUUGAUAAUAUGAAGAUACACAUGUUAGUCCACACAGGAGAUAAACCUCAAAUGUGUCCACAGUGUGGGAAAAGAUUCAGUCAACUUGAAAAUAUGAAAAGGCAUAUGAGGAUUCAUUUAGUUGAUAAACUUUAUGAAUGUCCAGAAUGUGGGGAAAGAUUCAAUCAACUUCAAUCUAUGAAGACUCACAGAAUGAUGCAUACAAAUGAUAAACCUUUCGAGUGUGCCGAGUGUGGCAUGCAAUUUAGGCACCGUAAUAGCAUAAUACAUCACAUAUUAGUACAUUUUUGUGAUAAACCUCACUAGGACAAAAAUUUCCACAAUUCCAAAGUACAAUGCAAUUAUUGUGUUAGCCAUCCUACAAACAGACAUGAAAAUGUUGAACUCAAGUUAAAAUAUACUGUAAAGUCACCAUGUUAUUUGGAAUUCCUUCAAAAUUGUUUUUGUAAUUUUGUGUGAGGAAUUGCUUGGCUACAGAAGGCAUAGGUGCUGUACAAGCUUUAAUUCAAUCUUCAGCUCAUUAGUAAAAUUUAUAUGCACCUCCAACCAAGCAAGCACUAGGAAGGAUGCAAUGGCAGUAAAACUCCAAAUAGUCAAUAUGUGAACUUAUAUAUUUGUAUUUUUUUUAGAUAAAACAAAGUUUAAAACAUGUUUCCAUCAUAUUUUGUUAAUACUUUACAUUUGGAACCUCAGGAGAAAUAUUUAAAAUAUAUUAUAGUCUUUGUUAACUGGUUACAGAUUUUUUUCCAUUAAGGAUUUUAUUAAACAUUUAUGGAAUAGAAAGACAUUUUGGGACGUACUAAAGAUGACCCACAUUUAAAUGACAAGAAAAAAUGAUUUUUAUCCAGAAAUUUGAAACUCCACAGUAUUCCUACUCCAAACGCAUCAUUUAAUGGAUUUUUUGUUAUCUUGCUUCAUGACUAAUAUUACUACAAAUGACUGGAAAUAUAUCACACUAGCAUUUAUUUUAGCUAAACUUUGGUAGUAAGGUUAUAUUUGUCUGACUCAUUUUUACCAACUUCAUCAAUUAUAUUAGUUAUACUGUACUCAUUAAUCAUUGUACUCAUUAACAUUAAUCUGGCAUUUCUUGUAGUCAGACUUGUAUUUAUAUUAGCCUAAUUCAAGAAUUUGCAUUAAUAUGUGAGCAUUUCAUUCAUGGUAGUUAAUAUUGGCAAAACCUCAUCUCUGCUAUUACUGCACCCAUAUAAUUGUUUAGAAAUAUUUACAAUGGUGUUUUCUUAAUAAAAUUGAGUAAACAAAAAAAAAAGCCUGGAGAGGGUUUAAUAUUGGGGUGGAUACAAGACUGGGUUGUUUAAUGUCUCCCUGGCUCUUUAAUAUCUGGUAUUAUGGGUGGUAUGGAUGGGUUAAGGAGGGAAUAAUAAUACUUUAUAUGAUAUACAAAUGAUCAGAUUACAGUGAUUAAUUAAUAAGUACAGUGUUUGUAUAUUCUAAAGUGAUACAUAAUAAGGAAAUGUAUAGGCUAAUUUAGAUUUUGUAGCUUUAGUGUGCAACAAGAAUACAGUAACAGUAUAGAUGCAGCAUUUAAUGUCCACAAUACUGUAAUUGCAAACAGGAUUAAGAAAUGUGUGAGAAUUUUGCUACAUGAUGUUAAUUCAGUAUUUCUUUGUUUCUCUUUAAUAUUGGUCAAGUGAUGCACAGAUUUUUAUUGUACAGUAUUAGGGAGGUCAUUCUAUAAAUGAACAAAUCCACAAGGGCCAUGACGAGGGUUCGAACCUACGUUCGAG